AGCAGGUGCCCAAAGCACAGAGGCAGCAAAUGACUGCAGAACCUUUGGACAUGGCUGAUCCUGGGGCAGAUGAGCCCUCCUCCAGGUCAGGGAGUCCUGACCCAGAAGGUCGAGCCUCUGAGGACAGAUCACUGCUCCAUCAGAGGCUGGCGGUCAGGGAGCUCAUCGACACGGAGGUCUCCUAUCUGCACAUGCUCCAACUCUGUGCCUCUGACAUCAGAAACCGCCUCCAGCAGCUGCCCCAGGGAGAUCUGGACAUCCUGUUCUCAAACAUUGAUGAAAUCAUCCAGGUGAAUAGCAGAUUUCUUCAUGGUCUACAGGAGACAGCCUCUAAGGAAGAGGAACAAGUGCACCUGAUUGGUAACUUAUUCCUGGAAUUUCAAGAGGAGUUCGAGCAAGUCUAUAAGUUCUACUGUGCCAACUACGACCAGGCCCUGCUGCUGGUCAAGGCAUACCGGGAGGAGCCGGAGCUGCAGCAGGAGAUCCAGGGCGUCAUUGAGGCAGUGGUGCCACAAGCUGGAUCUUCGGGCCUCAGUUUCUUAUUGGUAAUUCCUCUGCAGAGGAUUACCAAGUAUCCACUGCUGCUGCAGAAGAUCCUGGAGAACACACUCCCUGAUGCCAGUGCCUAUGCUGCUCUUCAAAGGGCUACUUCUGCCCUCCAGAAUGUGAACACCAACAUCAAUGAGUACAAGAUGCGCAAGGAAGUGGCCUCCAGGUACACCAAGGUGGAGCAGCUGAGCCUCCGAGAACAGCUGGCCCGGAUCAACACACACACCCUGUCCAAGAAGACCACCCGGCUGAGACAGCUGCUGAAGCAGGAGGCAGGGCUGGUGUCCAGGACAGAAGACAAGGAAUUUGAUGUCUUGGAGGAGAGGUUCCAGUGGGUGUCUCUGUGUGUGACCGAGCUGAAAAACAACAUGGCUGCUUACUUGGAUAAUCUGGAGACUUUCCUCAGAUUCCGGCCACACGAAUGCAAUCUGGACAUCCCUGGAGGGCCUGCAGAGCUGUAUUGCAGCCUGGCAAGAGACCUUCAGCGCAAGGCCUUCCUGGAGUUUAAGCAACGGCUGGAAAGCCUGGUGUGGCAGCCGCUGUGCAGCCUGGCCAAAGCCCUGGUUGGUCCUCAGAACCUGAUCAAGAAGCGUCUGGACAAACUCCUGGACUUUGAGCGGGUGGAAGAGAAGCUGUUGGAGGUGGGCAGCAUGACCUAUGAGGAGGAGGCAGCCCGGCACACGUACCAGGCACUCAACUCCCUGCUGGUCUCUGAGCUCCCGCAGUUUAACCAGCUGGCCGUACAGUUGCUCGGGCAGAUCCUGCACACAUUUGUGGCCCUCCAGCAGGACCUUGCAAAGCAAGUGCUGCAGAGAGCAGAGGGCAGCCUGGCCCAGCUGCCCCACCACCUCACCUCAGAGCCUGCCUUCAGGAGGCUAGUCGAGGAUGUGCUAGGCCAGACCGGUAACCAGCUUCGCUCCUUUCAAGAGACCUUCGAGAAAGUGCUGCCACCUCCCAGUGCUCAGCCACUGCUUCCAGGCUCUGAGCGCCAGGUGGAGGCUCUCCUGAGCAAGUAUGGCCGGAAGCUGUACCAGGUGACAAGCAACAUCAACGGGGCUGGGACUCUGGACCUGACAUUGCCACGGGGCCAAAUUGUGGCCCUUCUUCAAAACAAGGACACCAAAGGCAACAGCAGCCGCUGGCUGGUGGACACCGGGGGACAUCGAGGCUAUGUGCCAGCUGGGAAGCUGCACUUGUACCACAUUGUCAGUGAGAAGUUGCUCAGAGGGCAGGCGGGGCCACGUGAGGACUCCCGACAUCCAACACCAGGACCCAUCCCAGCCCCGGUUCCCUCUCUCCCAGCCGUAACCCAGGUGGUGGCAGUGUACCCCUUUGUGGCCAGGAACAACCAUGAAGUGAGUCUGCAGGCAGGCCAGCCUGUGAGAGUCCUGGAGGCCCAGGAUAAGAAGGGGAACCCGGAAUGGAGCCUGGUAGAAGUGAAUGGACAGAGGGGAUAUGUGCCUUCCAGCUUCCUGGCCAGGGCCCCAGCUCCGGGAGGCUGGAGUCUGCCCUGUUAGGGUGGCUACCUUGGAGUCCAUAUUGCCAAGGGAUGGGAGAAGCUUAGAGGCUGUGACCCCUGUGGGAAAGAAGCAAGGACAAUGUGGGGAUGGAAGAAGAAUGAAGGACCCCCAGAAGGCAGCCAAAAGGGGUGACUGGGCCUUGGAGACUGCCUGGUGAGGGUGGCCAGAGUUCUAGCAGAAUGCCAUUAUGUCCACAUAAAGUCAUUCCAAGAUGGAUCACAACGCCCUAGAUGGCAGAUCAUGCUUAUUGGCCAAUCGUGCCUGUGGCUCCUUCCAGGCCUACCUAGGAGAGCAGGUCACCCAGUGGAUGUUGCUCACGUGCUAUGUGGUUGCAGGAAGGGGGCACUGUUGAAGUCCAGAGCUUUCCAGCCCAAUAGUUCAUGUGCUAUGGUGGAAUCAGGAGAUGCUGCAGCCAACCAGUCUUCUUUUUCGACGCUGCAAGCUGAGUUAUCUUGGAUAGUGAACCAUGGGGGUCCUCUCAAGGGGGAUCCAAAGUUUGUCCUGCAGUGGAGAGGUUCCCAGAAGAUUCAGCUGGGCUUGGGAGUGGGUGUGUUCUAGUCACAGUUUGUAAUGUGCAUAGGCAAACUCAGAGGCAGUUCCAGGGAACAGGGGAUUUGAUGGUGGAUCAGUGGGAUGUGUGUUUUCUCUAGACUAGGGGACAAAGUGCCAUGCAACUCGUGGCACAAACCCUGUGAGGUAGGGCUUCCCAGCCUCGUGGGUGGAGAGGUGAGGUAAUGGCUAGGUUUUCUGUUUCUGGUAGGAGAGCCGGAGGAACCCUGGUGGUUUCUGGUUUUCUCUGAGGGCCUGGAGGCAGCACAGGGCAUGAGGUCAGUUGGCUGUGGGGCCUUAGACAUAGGCCACUUACUCACAGGGUUGUGACAAGGAGGACCUGAUGUAAAUGUGAUCCAUGAUGUCAGACUGGCCCAGGUUUCCAGGUUGAAGCAGCCGUGCUGCUGCCGCUCAUGCCCUCAUGCCCAUGGUGGCAGACUUGGUCCUUUCCCUUAGACCCGGGAUCGGCCUCAGUGUCCUUCGCAAUAGAUCCAUCGCGGGCUAACAACAGGAACAGGUUCUGAGAAAUUCAUCAUCAGGAGAUUUUGUUGAGUGCAAACUUUGUAGAGUAUAUUUGCUCAAAGUGAUAAGGCUAUGAUGUCACUAGAGACAAUAUCCUCGUGGGACCACUGUUGCACAGGCAGUCCGUAGCUGACUGUCACGUGGCACAUGGCCGUAGUACAGUUUAGGAAGUGAAUCUGUUGAACUCAGUGAGUAGGUUGUCCUUUCUUGAACCUGGAAGUAGAAGCCCCUCAACAACAGUUUCUGUCCCAGGAGGACGGGCCCAUGGAGCCAGGGUUGGGUGCAGUCACUGCUGGACAGCAUCUCUAGGCUGUUGCUUUGGGGUAAGAUAUGUUGUAAGAUUCCCCGAAAGGGGAAAAGUCCAUCCAGUGUGAUCCUUACGUAACUUACAAGGAACUCAUAAGGAACUGAACCUUGUGAGUGUGUGUAAAAAGGACGCCAGUUUAAAUUUAUUUCCAAGAAUGUCUCUGUGUUACAACUAGAGUGCCUAACACUAUUAGCUCUGGUUUCUGAAGGGCACUUGAGAAACACAUACUUGUCUGUGUCAGACAGUCUGUAACAUGUCUCCUCUGGGCUUGUUACAGCACGAAGACUCUGCAUAAUGAAGAGAAACUCAGUCUCUGCAGUCCCUUUUCCCAGCCGCAAAUUCACUUCGCAAGAUGCUCUUGACACAUUUUUCUUCCUCUUUCCUGCUCAGACUUCUGAUAAAAAUAGGAAGUAUGGGAACAGGUAAUAAAGGAGGAAGUCCACUUGUGGGUUCCUCAGAUACCGACUGACAGCCUGCCGUGUGCUGGGGCUCCAGUGCAGGGGCUGCUCGCUGCGUGCACCUGGGCAGCUUUAAACUAGGAUGCAAGCCAGGAGUCUAGGAUUUCUGGAAGCUUCGCAGGUGCAUCUAUGUACAGCCAGGUUAGGAUCUCUGCCCAAAACCUACAGUGGUGGACAUUGGGUCAGAGAUGGGAUUGGGUAAGCCAGGAAGUGCCCCAGGUGAGCCUUGUACUGGCUGUUUAAACAGGCAGCUUGAGAAGCAGUUUGAAAUAGGACAGCCUGUUCUGUCAGGUCCCAGAAUGUAUAUUUAUUAAGUGCCAUUAAAAGGAACCUGAACAAAAUUGGAUGUUCUCAUAGGCAUAGGGGAGGAAAAUGAAAAACGCUUUGUAUGAAGGCUAUCUCAUGAAAGGAGAAUUAAAAUGCAACAGUAGCAUGUUAGGUUAUGGUUUCUCAUAGCCCAGGGAACGAGAUUAGAGGUCACUGUACAGUGAGAAAGCAUGUGUUGAGAAGAUGAAGAGUGACCUGGAUUCUUUCCAGGGGACUCUGCAUAAUGUGCCUUUUCCCCUCCCAAUACCUAGAGUCAUUGCACCGUGUCUUAUCUAUGUCACUGUUGGGCUGUCUCAGGCCAAGUGGUCAAGACACCUGCCUUAGGACAGAACAAGACUUCCCGGAGUUGAAGAAUGGUUCACAGGGUUACCCCUUUGCUCCUUGCAGUGGAACUAGACCUCUUUAACCCUUUUUGUGCUCCGACUCAGUUUUAGACAUGAGGACAAGUUUGUAAUAUCCAAGGGAAGAUAAAGGAAUUCUUGGUUAGUGUGACGAGCACUAGCUUGGUGAAUAACUGGGAAUAAAGGACUUUAAAGAUGGCACCGUCUCUGGAAUUUGUGUGACUCCAACCAUUGAGUACUAGGCACUUGCUAGAUAUAAAAAUGGCACCUUAUUCAUUCAUGUACAUGUUUGAGAGUCUACUGCACACCCUUGCCUCUGAGCAUCGAACCUAAGUGAUGGAGAGACAGGGAGAAGUCAGACCAAUGGGCUCUGUCCUUCCUGAGCCCACAGUCUAGGCAGAACAAGUCAGCAGCCUACACCUGUGAAGGUCAGCAUAGGGCAGUAGCAGGUGCUCAGGAGAGGGGCUGGCCUCUGACCCAGACUUGGUGGCUAAGGAAGGCUUCCUGGAGGAAGCAGUGUUGAGAUGAGAUGCAGUGGAUGUUAGGUGGAGGUGAUCAGGAGGACACAGGCAAAGGCCAGAGGUGACAGUGAGUGUGACAUGUCAGAGAACUGACAGGCUGUAGAGCUGAAACAUGGAGUAUGUAUAGGGGCGUAGGUGGGGGCAGUAAGAGGAGUUAGCAAGGCCAGCUUCAGACUUUUCUGAGGACAGUGGGGUCUCUAAAGAGUUUGAAACAGAAGAGAGACAUGCUUGGGAUGGUAUUUUAGGAUGAUCACUAGGCUCUAGCUGGUGCCUGAUGUCCCCACAAAUGACUGCACACUUCACGAGGAAUGGAAUCUCUGCUUCAUUCCAGAAUCUCCCUAAGAGUCUGUCAUGUGCCUCAAGUUCCAGACAGUCAAUGCCUAUUGCUCAGAUAAACAUCACAGAGGGAGUGGGAACACCUACAUCUUGCCUUCCACAGCCUCUUGCCUGCAUCAUGUUUUCUGGCUCUGCUGGGCACAAUGCCUUCAGCCCGCUGCUAUGGACCAUGCUUAUAGGUGUCCAGUCACGGGUGAGGUCUGGGAGAGCUGAGGUGGUCAGAGAAGGCUUCCUGAAGAAGACUGGGCAAGUGAUAGUGCUUGUGUGAUAAGCAGGACUGCGGAAAUAGAAGGCUUCUUGGGCCUAGGGAGACUGUGGUAGUAUGAAAAAUGUUCAGUGCCUGGCCUUAGACAACUUGAGACCUUGGUCUACUUAACCAUAGGCAAGUAGCAAUAAAUAAAUACAUUUAUUAUGGUUUCUGUAUGUGUAGAAGUUUAAUGAAGGGCCAGGGUUGGAGGGUGGGGCCCGUGGCUCAAGUGGUGGAGCACCUGCCUAGCAAGCACAAGGCCCUGAGUUCAAACCCUAGUACUGAACUGCCAAAAACAAAUACAAAAAAUGAGAAGUUUAACAAGGCUCCAACCUGCUUUGUCCUCUCCCAGAGUGCUCAUUGCAGAGUUCUGGCUUAUCUCAGGGGAGCCCUGACUUCUUCCACCAGGACCGAUUUCUAACAUGGCAGUCAUUUCGGGCACUGUUGUGGCACAGCAGGGUCCCAUAUACUGUGGGCUAGAGGUAAGGAAAGAGUUGGUUUCUCCUCCUGGCAACAAUAGAGAGGCUGAAACCUUUUCACUUAACUUUGCUCAUCUGUUUUGUUUUCUUUCUCCUUUUAUUGUUUUUACAUUUACUUACAUGUGUAUACAUUGUUUGUGCCACCUCCCCCAACCCCCAACAUCCCCAUCAUCUGUUUUCUUAUUGGCAGUUUCUGAAAUUGCCUUGUCUGUUUUCUCAUCUGUAAAAUGGGUAUGACAAUUCUUUUUUUCACAGGCUUAAAUGAGGCAAUCAGUAACAUGCAUGGUAUCACUGACGUAUAUAGAUGAAACCUGUGCACUGUGGUCACCAGAGGGCAGCAGGGCUCUUUCAGUCACACUGUGCUGGGCAAGUAGAGCACAGAGAAAAUGGCUAGGUGAG